AUGGCUAACAUCAUCGUUUUCGCACUCAUCGCACUCAUCGCACUGGUCCGUGCACAGACGAUCACCACCACCAAUCCAGCUGGCCAGACCGUUGUCGAGGUCGUUACAAAUGAUCCCAUUCUUGGGCCUUCCACUCGCAUAAUCCAAACUCUCGCUUCGACGGCUACUACUACAUCAACGACCGCUACGACUGCCACAACCGCUACGACUGCUACAACCGCUACGACUACCGCUCCAGUGCAGCAGGGUCCUGUCGGUCAACCAGCAUCAACCACAGGUACACCAGGAGGACCAACUCCAUACACAUAUACCACCGUUGUAAACGGCCAGACGAACGUUGUUACGGACGUGUUUACCCCCACCAGUCCAUCAACCAUCAACGUCACAGCUAGUGCAUCUGGGACAAUUCUAGGUUACAGUUCAUGGCUAAGCAUAUACGGCGGUGGAGCGACUGCGGCUGCUAGUGCUGGACAUUCCACCCGACUGGCCGUCGCCCUUGUCUUUGAAUCGUCCACCGUUGUGGCCCGCGCAUGGCAGGCAGCCUUGCAGUAUGUCAUGCUUACGAUGAAGCGUUUGAAUGAGACCCACAUAGGCGCCAGGUUGCACAUCGCCGUAGUGUCUUAUGGAACCGCAGAUACGGUGCCCUCACCCUUGUUGUGCAACAGGUUUUUCAUAGAUUUCCCAAUAGUAAUCAAGGAACUAAAAGAGAACCCUGGAAAACUCGGAAUCGGUCAAACCGGUUCUGGAGGUAGUACAGGCAUGGCUGCAUUAGAGGGUCUGGUUGCGGGCAUUGAGCUCUUUGACGAUCUGUGCAAUAAUUCUUUAGGUGCUACCAGCAAUAUCAAUCACCUCUUUCAUAUUGCUGCGUCCCCCCCUGAUUCCUCGCAACAUCCUACAUGGAAUAAUUCACCCAGUUUGGACCAGGCCUCUUGGGAUACUCUGCCGUCUGAGCUGAAGAAGAGAGACAUUCAUCUCAGCUCAGUGUAUCUACAAUCACAUCCCAAGUUUCUAGAAUUGCAACAGGCUGCAAGCCCGGGCGCAACGAGCCCAUGGUUCGCUACCCAACCACCCCAUUUGGUCCUUUUGUCUGGUUUGUCUGCGCCCCCGGCUCAAAAAGCACCCCAGAAACGCCCGGGGGAGAAUACAAAUCUUGAAAACACACAAGAUUCGAAACGACCGCGUGUGUCCUCGGAUGCCACUGUUCCAGGGACGCAUGGUAGCUCCCCCGCGAACCUGCCUACUGUGGCAACUCAGCCUCAGCCGCCGCCGCACACUCUACCUCAGACUGCCCAACCUACGGUCGCGCCGCGGCUAACGUAUCACCAGAUCCUUGAGAACGUCCGACAGUCCGAGGAACAACUCCGAAACCUCGAAAACUCAAUCAGAAACGCAACCCAGAUGGGCAACACCGAAUUGGCGCAGACACUGACUCCAGAGCUUCAUAAAAAACGAGAAUUACUCAUGAAUUUCAAGAAAGCGAUUUCCACUUACACACAACAAAUGGCUGCGAGACAACGAGACCAAAACCAACAUCAAGGUUCUUCACCUGCCUCUGCGCCGUCAAGCUCAUCCCCGUUUAACACCACAACUGCCGGAAAUGCGAACUUCGCUCACCACCAUCGAUCAAUCAGCGGCUCUCAACCACAACAUCCUGCCGUUGCCGUCAAGCCCAUGCCGAACCAAGACUCUUUGCUCCCUAGCCGCAUGCCAAUGGACCAAAACAAGCUGUCGCCCCAUCCUGCCGGAAGUAGCGUCAUGGGCUUGAACGGUUCCCCAAACAUCAGCGCAAUGCAGCCAGAGAUGAUGAGUGGAGUUGCCUCUGCAUCAGGUCAACCGCAAGGUCUUAACCCCCAGACGGGUGUACCCAACACUCAAACGGUAUGGAAGGGUUUACUCAAGUGGAGCGGCAAAAGUCAGCAAGGGAAGAAGGAUAUGCAUACAUUUGUUGGCGCAAGUUCACAAACACCUCAGCGCUGCCAUCCGGAUACUUGGCCUCAAACACUUGUCCUAUCGCCAACACCGGCUCUUCCAAUGCAGGCACUCCAAGACUGGAUGAAAAUGCAUGCACCCGCACUUUGCACUUUUCUCCCCGCCAUUCCUGCUGCCCAAAAUUUUGAUACCAAGAUGAACGAGGCGAACUACAAUGUUCUCGCCGUUCUUUUGACUGAGAGAAAAUUUUUUGCGACGGCUUCUUGGACAUCGCCCUCUGGCGCAGAAACGAAGAACGCCCUCGUUUUUCCUGUGAAAAACUCUACACUUAUUGGUGCUUUCUUUCCAUAUGGGAUGCCUGAACUGCCAAACGUCCCCCCUGUUAAUCCUAAUCUGUUGAGCGUUCCAAUGGGAAACCCCCUGGCCAAUUUCCCUCCUCAAGUUGUUCAGCAACUGCAAAAUAUGUCACCUGAGCAACGGAAUUUAAUGAUGGCUGCCAUUAUGCGUCAGCAACGGGAACGGCAACUAGCGAAUCAAAACCAAGCUAUGGGCGGUAACGUGGCAUUCGGGUCGGCCACACAAGUCCCCGCUUACAACAUGGGUGGUCCUAUGGGCAUACACAAUGGAUCCAACCCCUUUGGAUCUCCGGCUGUCAACCGUUCAAAUGCAAUGCUAUCUGGUCCGCAACACGAGGGCUCAGUUGCCGGAGAUGUUAGCCAUGAAAUGUUGCAAUCUUUCAUGCAGCGAAACGUCGAGGGAUAA